GUUUAUCUCAAACUUAAGUAUGGCAAUUAGCUGAUAAUUAAUCAUGUGGAGUACUUGUCAAGGACACAUCAUGCAUGCACUGGCGUUGACAAUUUAGUCUCACUAUAUAAACUAAGGUAGAGGAAAGGAAAUAGCACAACAAUUCUUCUUCAAAAAAAUACCAUUCUUGGAUUUCCAUCACCAGCACCAUAUAGCAAUGGCUGAAGCACUCAUUUCCGUACUUCUAGAUCGAUUCACUUCGAUUAUCCAUAAACGGAUAGAACACGAGGUGAAAGUUGUGGUGGGUGUAGACAGACAAGUUGAAAAUAUCAGAAGCAAUCUCAAAGCUAUUCAUGCUCUCCUGGAGGAUGCAGAGAAGAGGCAAGUGAAGGAGGCCAGUGUCAGAGACUGGUUGGAUAAGCUAAAAGAUGUAUCGUACAAGAUGGACCACGUUCUGGAUGAGUGGAACACUGGAAUUCUGAAACAAGAAAUUACCAUGGUACGUUUCUUCCACCCCUCUCAUUAACUUUCGUUCUAGGCGAGUGAAUCGGGUAACUGUUCGUCGUGACAUUGCUCAUAAGAUAAAAGCUCUGAACGAAAAUUAACUGAAAUUGCUAAUGAAUGAAAAAGUAUAAUUUUCAAGAGACAAAAAGAAGCAUUGAACAACUUGAAGUACGCCCGAAAACUUCUUCUUUAGUCGAUAUGUCUAAGAUAUUUGGUCGGGAAAUUGAAGAGGAUAAUUUAGUGAAGAAGCUGAGUGAGAGUAGUAAAGAGGAGAGGGGUCCUCUUGUCGUCUCUAUUUUAGGGAUGGGAGGAAUGGGCAAGACAACUCUUGCCCAACUAGCCUAUAAUGAUGAAAGGGUGAGGAACCAAUUCCAGAAUAGAGUAUGGAUUUGUGUCUCAGACCCUUUUGAGAUCAAGGUUGCUAAAGCCAUCAUUGAAGGUCUGAAAAAAUCUGAUACCCGGAUGAAUUCAAAUGUGUUGCAGACUCUAUAGCAAUGUGUAUCUGAAUUCAUUCAGGGUAAGAAGUUCCUCAAUAUUGUCCUAGAUGAUGUGUGACGAUAGAAAAUAGGAGCAAUUAAGGUUACCUUUGCAGAAUGGUGUUUGUAGGCAGUAGGAUAUUGGUGACUACAUGAAAAGAGGGGGUUGCAAAGAUGAUGGGAGAAACCGCUCACAUUAUCCAGUUGAAGGAGUUGAGCGAACAAAAUUGUUUGUCACUCUUCAAUCACUUGGCUUUUUGGGACAGAAAAAGAGAUGAUGCACUUUAAAAAAAAUUGGAGAAAAGAUUGUAAAGAAGUGUUAAGGUUUGCCUCUUGUGGCAAAGACUUUAGGGAGCCUAAUGCGCUUUAAGAAAACAAGGAGAGAAUGGUUGAAUGUUUUGGAGAGUAAGAUUUGGGAACUAGAAGAGGUCGAACAAAAAGUCUUCCAACCAUUAUUACUAAGUUAUUAUGAUUUGACGUCGGUGACCAAACGUUGUCUCUUAUUAUAUUGUGGUGUUUUUCCCAAAUAUUAUGAGUUUGACAAAGAUAAUUUGAUUGAUAUGUGGAUGUCACAAGAUUAUCUUGGUUCAAGUGAAAACAAAAAAAUAGACAAAGGUCAGAAAUAUUCCGAUAGCUUAGUAAUGCGGUCUUUCUUCCAAGAUUUUAAGAAAGAUCGGUGGGCGAGCAUUAGGAGCUGCAAAAUGCAUGAUAUUAUACAUGAUUUUGUGCAGUUUCUCACAAAAAAUUGUUGUUAUAUUAUGGUGGAUAGCAAUGGUAAUAAGGGGGGCAGAGGCAACAUCAACCCCUUAUAAUGGAUCGCCUGUUUCAAUUUGCAAAUACAAAAAGCUACGCACUCUCCUAGCUUGUGAUUUGAACGUUGAAACAAUAAGCUGGGAUUUAAUUUUACAAUUAAAAUGUCUUAGGACAUUAAAUUUGAAGGGAAACUCGAUUGAAGAACUUCCUGAAGCGAUAGGUGAACUCAGUCAUUUGCUUUAUCUCAAUCUAUUGAAAAAUAGUUGUUUGAAAGAAUUGCCACAUACCGUUGGUAAUUUAUACAAUCUGCAAACUUUGUGUCUCAUUUAUUGCAAGUCUCUUGUAAAAUUACCAGACACUAUGAGAAACCUGAUUAACUUAAAGCAUCUUUAUACUUACCUCUCUGGUAGUGUAAAGUUGGGAAGUUUGAGAAACAUGGACCAGCUUCGAGGGAGUCUUUGUAUAAAUGGGUUGAGUGAUAUAAACACUGUGAGUGAGGCUAAAGAGGCACAAUUGGUGAAGAAGGAACUCCUGGUCGAGUUGAAUCUGUCUUUCUCAGUAGAUAAAAAUUAUGAGAAAAGAUGGAGGGAUGGACAAAUCCUGAAUGCCUUACAACCACAUCCAAAUUUGGAAGAGUCAACCAUCCUGCAUUACCAUGGCACCAAUUUCUUUUGUGAGUUUUUGCCUCCUUUGGGGAAUUUGCAUUCCCUUGAGAUUUUAGAAAUAAGUUGGGUGCUUGGUGUGAAAAAGGUGGGAUUAGAGUUUUUAGAUGUGCAGGAGCAAACAUCAUCAUCAUCUUCAUUCCCGAAAUUGAAACAACUUUGUUUUAAAGAUGUCCAGUGGGAAGAAUGGGAAGGAGGAGCAGAGCAUUCUGAAAUUACAAUAAUGCCAUCUCUUUCCUCCUUAACAUUGUGGAACAACCUUAAGCUGAAAACACUGCCGGACUUACUGUGGAAGACACCACUCAAGUUUCUGGAAAUCAGUGAUUUUCCGAUUCUCAAACAAGAUUUUGAAAUAGGAAGCGGCAAGCUGUGGGACAAGACGUCUCACAUCCCAAACAUUAAAAUUAACCAUCAGUUUGUACGACAAGACGGAGUUCCGAUCCAACCAAACUUGAAACAGAGUCAGAACUGAUGACGACGACCACGGGCGCUGCCAUUCUCAUCCACCUGUUCUUGCUGCAUUGGAAAUUAAGUUAACUCGUCAUGUUUACUUUGUUUUUCCCUCCAGUUCCUUCUUUGUCUAUGACCAUCAGCUUUCUCUGUUUCUUUCUUGUUUAGUAGUAUUCUCAGAUAAUCGCUAGGAAGAAGGUAUCUUCUUGAACAAGCAAUGUCAUGUGGCUGCACAUAAUCUUGUAUGUAUGAAAAGGUCUGUCAAAAACUUGAGUUGUAGAAGAAAUAUUGCAAUUACUUACUGUCACUGAUAUUGGAAAUCGAAUGAGUACCGCUGCUUCCUUAAUUACAUAGCCUGAUCAAGAUGGACUUGGAAAGAUGCCUUGCGAUUCUUUGAAGGACUUGUGGAUCACCAAGUUCUUGUAUCGCUCCUCUACUUCAAUGAUGUCGUUACAAAAUUUGAGGAUGCUAGUUCUUCAUGACAGUGAUUUUUGCGAGUUUUUGCCUGCUUUGGGGAAGUUGCAGUGCCUUGAUAUUUUGGAAAUAAGGUGGAUGGGAUGUGUGAAAAAGGUGUGGGAGUUGAGUUUUUAGAACUGCAGUAGACAUCAUCAUAUCCAUUCUGAAACUGGAGCAACUUUUGUUUCAAGAUAUAGGGGUGUGAGAAGAAUGGGAAGGAGGAGAAGAUCAGAACUGAUGAUGGUGACGGGCUCUGCUAUUCUCAUCCACCUCUUCUUGCUAAAUUGAUUCCUUUGUUUCGUUCUUGUUUCAUAUUCUCCGGUAAUCACUUGGAAGAUCUUCUUAGAGAAGCAAUGUCAAGUGGUUACAUCCAGCUUUUGCAGUCGUAUGCCCAACACCACAUAAUCUUCGGUGAGAAGGUCUGUCAAACUUGAGUUGUAGAAGAAAUAGUGCAAUUACUGCUCUUGGCAAUGACUGCUACCUUACUUGUAUAACCUGAUCAAGAUGGACUUGGAAAGAUACCCUGCGAUUCAUGACAGACUUGUUCAUCACCAAGUGUAUGUUCGCCUUUAAUGUACUCAUUGGAAAGUUAUGUUUCUGGCAUGCCUUCUAAACCUGGCUUAAAACUGUAACAUAAAACAGUAUAUUGUCGUUUAAUCUCUCGCAUCCUUCCAUGUGAAUGCCAGGGUGACAGGAUUGAAACCUUCAAAAUCUCAUUUCACCGGAAGCAUUAAUGGCAGUAUUGAAACUUUCAAAACCUCUCGCACCCUUCCUUUAAUUGUUUCCAUUUGAGAAUUUUGAAGAUCAAUUUAAGUGACCUGAGUAGUUCCCGGAAGUGCUAAUUAGUAGUCUGUAAGCUAAUGGCAGCAGGAAUAGACUUCAAUCAUGUAUAAAAGAACCUUAUUGUGCAUAUGGUUGGAGGUAGAUGUGGGUUUCCAUAUUCUCUUCAACUAUAGCUUUAUAAAUUCUCUCUGCUUCAGUUGUUCCAAAAUCUAUUUUGGAAUGAAAAGCUUCCCAGGCAUGGUUCUUCUCUCUUUUUUAGAGAAUUGGUAUUCAA